UAGCUAGGUAGUACUAGUCUAUAGUACUAGCUAGGCAGCUUGGCUUUGGGUUAAUUUCUGCUCUGCAAUCUUAUCAUAAUAUAUAUAUAUAUAUAUAAUCGUAGAUCAGAAAUAUAAUAUGAUGAAGGUUUGAGAAUAUGGGGAAAGCUCAGCUUCUUCUUAGGAUUUCAGCAGUUUUGGUUCUGGUUCUCACAGCUUCCUUGGUGGGUUCUAAUACUCAAACCAAAGUUCUUAUCGUCCGGCAAAAAGCUACUUUCAGGGCCUUGGAUGCUCUCUAUGUUUCGGUGUACGUUUAUUCCAUAGCCGCCGGAUACAAUCUGCUGCGGCUUUGUAAUAUCCCAGCUUGGUUCCAUCCCAAUAAUAACUUCAAAGGACUCAACCUGGCUCUAGCAUGGGCUUCUUUCUUGUUGGAUCAGGCAGUUGUUUAUGUAACGUUUGGAGCAACCACAGCUGCGACUCAAGCUUCGAUUAUGGCGAUAACAGGACAAAAAGAGUUCCAAUGGAUGAAAUUAUGUAACAGAUUUACAAGAUUUUGCAUCCAAAUGGGUGGAGCCAUGCUAUGUGCCUACUUAGCUUGCUUUCUCAUGAUUUUAAUCACAUCAUUCUCUGCUUUUAAUCUAUUUAGCCAUUAUUCACCAAAACAAUUCCUCCUCUUAAAGGCCAUGUGAUGUAUUUCUUUUUUUUUUUUUGGGGUCUGAAGUGGAAUUUAAUUACAUCCAACCAUAUUGAUGUAACAUUUAUAUAUAUAUAUGUCGUUGUUGUUUUUUUUUUUUAAGUUGUGGGUCUUAAUUUUAAUAAAUGUGAUUGACUAGAUUAAACUGUCACAUUACUAUAUGUAAUGUUUGAAUGUAUAUUUUGAGUGCACAUAUCAUGCUUUUUAUGACU